AUGUGCAAAGCUCUGAACAAACGCAACCAGUGGGAGAUGGAAGGAUUGAGAGGGGGAGAGGGCUCUUCCAGUAACCAGUGCAGGAAUUUCCUCUCUUCUCCCGCUGUGUUUGGCACUCCCUCCAGCAGAACAGUCCCGGGAUUAGCCUACCCCGGUCCUGAGAGAUCCACUUCUACUCGAUCGGAGGCCUCCAAAGAAGGACCGACCUGUCCAUCUUCUACUGGGCCUUCGGCACCCUCUCUUGGAUAUGGUUACCACUUUGGAAACGGAUAUUACAGUUGUCGCAUGUCUCAUGGCGUAGGUCUUCAGCAGAACCCUCUAAAGUCCACCAGCCAUGCCUCCAUGGGAGGUUUCCCAGUGGAGAAAUACAUGGACGUGUCUAGCCUGGCUAGUACUAGUGUUCCCAGCGGUGAGGUGCCUUCAAGAGCCAAGGAGGUAUCUUAUUUUCAGGGCUACACCAAUCCCUAUCAGCAUGUGCCUGGAUACUUAGAUAUGGUGUCAACGUUUAGCUCUGGGGAGCCCAGACAUGAGGCCUUCAUAUCAAUGGAGGGUUAUCAGUCGUGGACUUUGGCUAAUGGCUGGAACAGUCCAGUUUAUUGUGCAAAGGACCAGGCUCAAGCCCCCCACUUCUGGAAGUCCUCCUUUCCAGGAGAUGUUGCCCUAAACCAACCAGACAUGUGUGUGUACAGACGGGGGAGAAAGAAGAGGGUGCCUUACACCAAGCUACAACUCAAAGAACUAGAAAACGAAUAUGCCAUGAACAAGUUUAUUAACAAAGACAAGAGGCGGAGGAUAUCAGCAACCACCAACCUUUCUGAGAGACAGGUCACCAUAUGGUUCCAGAACAGGAGAGUAAAGGACAAAAAAAUAGUAUCUAAACUAAAGGACAAUAUCUCCUGA